ACUCAUUUUAUAUCUCCAUUAAUAUACUUGCAGAAAUAUGAGGAAACAACGUAGUGAAUCAUUACUGAACGCUGCUUCCAAUAUCUGAACCGACUGUAAUUUUGAGCUCGAAAAAUCGAAAGAAGUUAUUAUCAUGAGCUUAUGCUUUUGCUCGAUCUUGAAUCCCUCGUUUCUGAACCGGGAAUUGGAUUCCGUUUCUCGACGUCAAUUGGCGCCAAACCCUAACAUCAAGCCCUUUCAAUUCUUCAAUCUUCGAAUUCACGAGAAUCAUUUUUGUAAUCUCAAGGCUGUUCAUGCUGACGGAGUCGGAGUUCUCUACCCCGACGACACCGUUUCGGAGCGGACCACCCCCCUUGAUGCUGAACCUGAGGGUCAGGUUGAUGGGGCGGUGGAUGGAGUCGUCGGAACUGCGAUGGAAGAAUCUCAUGAAGCACCAAGUCGGACUCGGUUGAAGAAGAUGGAAGGCAAGAAGGCGAAUGUGGAGGACGGCGAUAAGGAAAAUCGGUUCAAACUGCGAAAUGGACGAGAGGUGUUUGAAGAGAAAGCUUAUCUUGUUGGUGUGGCGAGGAAAGGGGACAAUGAUAUUUCAUUUGGUAUAGAGGAUUCACUUAGUGAACUAGCGCAGCUUGCUGACACUGCUGGAUUGUUUGUUGCUGGCUCUACUUACCAAAACCUUGUGACACCCAACCCCAGGACGUAUAUAGGGUCUGGAAAAGUGGCAGAGAUUAAGAGUGCCAUCCAUGCAUUCGACAUCGAGACAGUUAUUUUUGAUGAUGAACUUUCACCUGGGCAGUUGCGGAAUUUGGAGAAGACCUUUGGUGGUGAUGUUAGGGUAUGCGACCGGACUGCACUCAUCCUUGAUAUCUUCAAGCAACGAGCAGCCACUCGUGAAGCUGCUUUACAGGUUUCCUUGGCUCAGAUGGAAUACCAACUACCACGGUUAACAAAAAUGUGGAGCCAUCUUGAACGCCAAGCUGGAGGACAAGUGAAGGGUAUGGGUGAGAAACAAAUUGAAGUUGAUAAGCGUAUCUUGCGCGACCAGAUUGGUGCUCUCAAGAAGGAAAUAGAAUCUGUCCGCAAACAUCGAAAGCAGUAUAGAAACCGCCGAUUUGCCAUACCCAUCCCUGUUGUAUCGUUGGUAGGGUACACAAAUGCUGGAAAAAGUACUCUUCUCAACAGGUUGACUGGAGCUGAUGUUCUUGCUGAGGACAAGCUAUUUGCAACACUCGAUCCUACUACAAGAAGGGUCCAGACGAAGAACGGGAAGGAGUUUCUUUUGACUGACACUGUUGGCUUCAUUCAGAAGUUGCCAACAACAUUGAUUGCUGCUUUUAGAGCUACUCUUGAAGAGAUAUCUGAAUCGUCACUUCUGGUGCACGUGGUGGAUAUUAGCCAUCCAUUGGCUGAGUUGCAGAUUGAUGCUGUGGACAAAGUUCUUGAAGAACUUGAUACAUCCUCCAUUCCAAAGCUAAUUGUGUGGAACAAGGUCGAUAAUGCCAAAGACCCUGAUAAAGUAAGGUCUGAAGCCAAGAAAAACCCUGAUAUUGUAUGCAUAUCUGCUUUAACUGGUGAAGGACUUGAUGAUUUCUGCAAUGCAGUUCAAGAAAAACUGAAGGAUACGAUGGUAUGGGUGGAAGCUCUGAUUCCUUUUGACAAAGGAGAGCUCCUAAGCACCAUUCAUCACGUUGGCAUGGUUGAAAAGAUUAUGUGGUUGUCAAGUAUAUGAUCUCCUUCCUGCUCCUAUCUGAUAAGUUUUUCUGGAAGAUCAUUUCAUACCUGAGAUAAAGCACCCCACUGAAAUAUUGUUAAUUUAGGACUAAGAGAAAACUCAGAACAUAGGAUGUCACGUAGUUUUUCCUCAAAGCUGGUUUAGUUAAUUUCUACUCGCAAUAUGGGAAAUGGGUUGUCUGAGAAGAAAGAGAAACAUAUCACUAGUUUACAAUAUGAUUUAGACAAACCUGGAUUCAUUGAAUUUGAUGCCAGAAUCUUAUAUCGUCUGUUAGAUACCAGUGCAGCAGUAAGUACCAGAAUAGAACAGAAGACUGGAUUCAUCUGUCAGACAAGUUACUCAGUAGUGUUAAAGAUUGCAGGAUAUAAGUUGGAUAUUGUUGUGUCUUAAUUAAUAGCUUCCAUCUUUUCUUAAACUGAUCAUGUAAACCUAUAAGAUUCCUUGGAAUUCACAAAUCAGCUUUGGGCUGUUUCAGCUCUAUGAGACAUGUUAGGCCUCAUCGUAAAAUAGAGGUGUUAGAUUUAUCAGUAAGAGUACAGUUGCUCUUCUAUUCAGAAGGCAUCUGAUCCCUUCAUUGUAUAAUCUUAUUUUUUUUAAAACAAAUCGGGGUAAUGUGUAGAAAUAAUAUUGGUCUCCCAAUAUCCAUUUCAUGGUAUUUUGAGCUCAA